UCAAUCCGUGAUUAGUGCGCUAAUACGCCGACGGAAAUUGCUAGGUUCUUCCGGGUAAGUUUUCGUCACACACAAACUCUCCCUUCAAGAUGGCAGCAGCUAUGGAUGUAGAUACGCCGAGCGGCACAAACAGUGGAGCAAGCAAGAAGCGAUUUGAAGUAAAGAAGUGGAAUGCGGUGGCACUGUGGGCCUGGGACAUUGUGGUGGAUAACUGUGCUAUCUGUCGGAACCACAUCAUGGAUCUCUGUAUAGAGUGCCAGGCCAACCAAGCUUCUGCAACCUCUGAGGAGUGCACUGUAGCCUGGGGUGUCUGCAAUCAUGCUUUCCAUUUCCACUGUAUUUCUCGCUGGCUGAAAACCAGACAGGUUUGCCCUCUGGACAACAGGGAGUGGGAGUUUCAGAAAUAUGGACACUAGCUGUAUUUUUGUUGACCUCUUUCUUGGCUUCUACGAGAAUCAUCAUUACUUCCUCUCUAUUCCCUCCCUAAUACUAGCUGUUAUUUUACACCCAUGUUUUUGUUUUGGUAUCUUGUGAGUAAAUAAACAAAUAAACAUGAAUGUUGUCACAAAGCAGA